AUGACAGCGACCACAAAAGAGAUCGUACUCGUUACUGGCGCCAACAGUGGCAUUGGUUUCGAACUUGCCCGACAACUACUCGCCAAAGAGACCUAUCACGUCCUUCUUGGGGCUCGAUCGACUCAGCGAGGCAACGACGCACUCAAAGACCUACAAUCACGCAACCUGCCAGGAAGCAUCGAAUUUCUCCACCUUGACCUUCAAGACGACGACACGAUCGCAAAUGCUGCAACUUCCAUUGCUCGAAACCACGGCAAGCUUGAUGUUCUAGUCAACAAUGCGGCGGUUGCAUCUUUCUCGGAACUGGACCGCCACGCAUUCCGCGAUGCAUUCGAUGUCAACGCCACGGGCCCAUACCUUCUCACCAAAGCUCUUAUCGACCUACUGGAGAAUUCGGAAAACCCCCGAAUCGUCAAUGUAUCCUCGGGGGCAGGAUCGAUAGGCAGGCGCCUCUAUGCGGAAUCGCCCAUGUACAAGAUUCAAGCCGAGCCAUACCGGGCCAGCAAGGUAGCCAUGAAUAUGCUGAUGACAUGUCAGCAUGUGGAGUACGGCCUGAACUAUGGAGAUGCAACUAAAAAAGGAAUGAAGGUUUUUGCCUACGAUCCAGGAUUCACGGUCAGUAACCUGAGCGCAGCAAACACGAAGGAACAUGGCGCAAGAUCGGCAGAGGAGACAGUGUUCAGCUUGAUGGAUGUGAUAGAGGGAAAGAGGGAUGCUGAUGUUGGCAAGUUCAUUCAUAACACAGGCGAGUACCCGUGGUAG